AGAAUCCGCGGAGAGCCGCGGCGGAGCGGAUGGGGGAGAACCGCCGCCAGACGUGCGCUUCUCCUCUUGAUCUCGGACUCCGAAAGCUCCGAAUAAUUCGGGCUGGAUUUCCGGCUGGAGCAUGCCAUGAUAAGUGCUAGGCCAAAGCCAGGCCAAAGCCAGGCCACAUGAUUCCUAUCUCUGUCCGAGUUACCUGUCCGCCACUGCCUUCACUCUUUGAAGAGUUUAGGGUUUCGGGUUGGUUCACACCGACGCACGCACAGCAUAGUAAUCGGCCAUCCGCAAGCUUCGACGAUGGGCCGCAGAUCUGCUUGCUUUUCCACCAUCCUCGCCCUCGCCCUUAUCUUUUGCGAGACGGCGCUGGCAUUGGCAUUGCGAGGCCCGCAAGUUUUGACCCUGAGUCCUGGUAACAGUGCGAGCUCACCCUGCGGCAGCUGCCCCUCGGGAGCCACCUGCAGACUCACACCUGCUCACAACGACGUUUCUCUCACUGUGCCUUACUGCGCAUGCCCUAACGGCUAUGGGAUGACUCCCGACGCCUGUGUCAAGGGUGCACAUUCCACAGUGUCGGGCGACAGCAUCACGCUCAGCAGAAAGGCGGGUGCUCAAGACCAAGCAUCCUUUACCUUCCGCCCGAACAUGGACAGCUGCACCCAACUGCCCGAGGCAGUGGCUGGGAGCUUCGACUCGCACGCUGUGGUUUUGAGAAUGGGCACUCCGAGCUGUGCAGUCAUCACCGUGUAUGACGGCGACAACUGCACCGGGGCUCAAACGUGGAUAGACUUGCUCCGGUAUCCGCCCUUCUUCGCAACAACUUCGCCGCUGGGAUUACCUCAUACGGCCUGCUCAGUAAUGUGCCUCAUGUAGCUGCUUCAGCUCUGAUUGGCACCUCCAUCGGAGCAAUCAGACCCACACACCCUGCAGUCGACAAGGAUACCGGCUUGUAUUGCUUCGUCCCUCCAUACAAAAAAUAAGGAUGGGCCCAUUUUCGGGCAUUUACAAGCUAAUUGGAGAGGAAAUUGCGACCCCUAUUGUUGUAAACAGGGUUUCAUUGAAUUGUGAUAGACCUACGCAACCAAAGAGAAAAAAAUGACCAUACGUGAUUGGAUUGUUGUGGUAAAG